AAACAGAGGAUCCGAAGAUGAAUGACUCGGCUAUUUUCUGCAAAAACAACCAAACAGACAACUCCACUGACCCGUCGUGUCAGAACUCGAACCUUUCACCCUACAGCCCCAUCGACAUCACCACUUUCAUGCACAUUUUCCCCACGAUCUACGGCAUCCUGUGCUCGGUUGGAGUUAUAGCCAACGCGCUGGUCAUCUACGCGGUGAAAGCAUGCAAGAAGAAGAUGGUUUCAGACAUAUACGUGCUGAACUUAGCGAUAGCAGACAUGCUGUUUCUGCUUGUGAUGCCUUUUAACAUCCAUCAGCUGGUCAGGGACAGGCAGUGGGUGUUCGGAAACUUUAUGUGCAAAGCUGUGGUGGUGGUGGAUGUCAGCAACCAGUUUACAACAGUGGGGAUUGUUACCGUGCUCUGCAUUGACCGGUAAGUUCUACACCAAUCAGUAUUUCAGGAUUAAAUCUUUAUUUAUGUUACAUUGUCAGUCAACAUAAAGAUAUAAUGAUUGUUUUAAGCAUUAGAGUACUACCACAAUUUGACAUAAAGUACAGCCUUUAUCGAUGUAUGACCUAUAAUGAUUUACUGGAUGAUUGAAAAGUUCUGAAUUCCUACAGGUGCUUAAAUUGAAAAAAAAAAAAAAAAAAAUAGUCACCCAACAGUGGGGCUUGAAAUAUACCAAAGGUUGGAUAACCAUCUGUGUGCACCAGCCCAUAAAGACAAAGUGCCCUCUACAUACAUCACGCAUGUGUCAUGUUUAUGAUCUGAACACUCUGUGGACAUUUAACAAGGUCUUUAAACCAAGAGCCAGGCCAUUACACAUCUCCAUUUGAAGGUAAUCAGAGCUUUAAUGUGACACAUUUUCACUGUAAUAUCCAUGAGAUAUCUAUAGGCCUGCUUGAGCAGAUCAGUGUGUUCUGAUGAGUUGGAACACCUGUCCAGAUUAAAUGUCCUCCAUUGGCUCAAUAAACGUACUCUCUUUUUUCUCCCUCAUGUUCUGACACAUUGACAUCCAAGUUAUUUCGCCCCAUCCUUUUAAGUCAGUUUGAAUAGUUAGUCUCAGUGAAAAUUUCUCUUUGUGAUCACUUAAAAGUUAUCACACAAACCUUGUUGAAUACCUAAUAGCAGAAACCUUCCAAAGCUAAUUGGAGGCUGUUAUCCAAACCGAUGAUAACCUGCAUCAUACAAACAAGCUCAUAAUAGAGAAAGGCUGUCUGAUUUCUCCACAGGUUUCAAACCUAUCACACAUCCCAUUAACUGACCUAAUUCAAUGGAAAGUUGUGAUUAGAGUGUCCCCUUUGACAGCUUCAGAGACACCCUUCAACUGCCUGUCCCAUUUAAUCAAAGUAACUCCUCAUGUUUGGCUGUUCAACACACUUAGGGUGAGUGAACACGUUAACUUCAAAUAUCAGUCUGGGAUGGCAACAUGUCGCCAACAAUUAAAUCUCCAACUAUUACAAAUUCUGUUUAAGUUGGACUGAAAAUCAUAUCACAGAGUUGUAUUAUCCUAUUUUUUGCUCUUUGUCCAAAAUUUAGAUGAGUUAUUAUUUUGCAAAAGAUCUGUCUGUUUGCAGUCAAUUUUACACCAAAGUUUUUUAUAAUCUAAGUUUUGUAAAAAGUCAUUAUACAGUUUAUACAUAACAUAAAAAGAGCCUUUCUUUCAAUUAAGCCGCCCAAACAAACCUUUGUUUACUCAACUGUCUCUGAUAUCUUCUCUUCCCCUGAGGGAAGGGUUCAUACUCUAUGCUGACAAGGUUGCUGGAACUUAUGCCUUUCUUUUUUCCUUGACUGGGACGCCAUAAGAAGUAUUUAGUUUACUGUAGUUCUGGUGUGACAAUCUCUUACUUUACUAAUGUGAAACAAAAGUAUGAGACAAGGUAUUAAUCAGUACUCAUUGAUUCAACAAUCAGUGAAAAGUGAGAGUUUUUCAUCUUAAGAGUUAACCCCAUCUCCCUCUGUUUACAAGAAUUUCCCUGAACUAUUGACUUAUUAUGUACGAUAAUUGCAAAUGAACAGGCCGUCCUUGUAAAACACAAUAAUGUCAACAACUUAUUAGUUUAAAUGACUGUCUAAUGUUACUAAAUGGGGCUGGCUGGACCAAAGAUUAGCAUGUAGAGCUGCAGCUGGAAAUAUUGAAUUUGUUCCACUAAAAGGACACUUUGUUCACUUAAUGUGGAAGUGGUCAUUUAUUUGCUGGGAAAUGCCCCGACGAUGGGGUCAGUUUUAGCUAAACUAAGCAGUGGUUUUUGAACUACCCAGUCAAAUGCAAAUCGCCCUUUUUGAUAUUGCGCUGGUGCUGCACCGCCAAAACUCAAAUCUUUUGCCAAUGUAUUUCAUUCAUUUCUUGUCAAAAUGUCUAAGAUAUGAUUAAGAUAUUUUGACAAAUAAAAGGUGUUGAACUAAAAGGCACUCAUUUCUAAGGUACUUCUGUUCAGCCUUUUCAACACACAUUUAACUGAAACCCCUUUCAGACAUGGACAAAGUUUGUCUCAAAUCCCUCAUAUCACCAGAGUUUUUCACCUCAAUUUCACCCAGAAUACUUGCUGCUAGCCCCUUUAUUUCAUCUCAGGGUGAAGUCCAGGUGAGCUCUUGGGAGAAAGCAGAAGUAAAUCUCUGGGAUAAUUCCCUGUGAGUUGUGGGGGGUUAGCAGACGGGGGAUGUUGUUUCUCAUGUGGCUGGUGUUCUGCUUAGUUUACGUUGAAAAAUGUUGCUGUAAUCUGAAUCAAUAACAAAGGUGGCCGAUUUGCACUAUUAUUGUUUCUAAGGUCAUAAACAGGGAUCUGCUGUAUGACUAAGGCGGGGUGUGUAUUUUUAACGCUGAUAUGAAACUUUUGUUGAAGAUUUUAGGAAAAGUAUUUCAGUGCCUGAGUAAACUCAACCAAAUAACGCUCCCAGUACAGAAUCACUUUAUCACACACCCCUGCUCUCUCCAUUUGAUUGAGGUUUCAAGAGUAGUUUACCUCCGUAGUCUGUUGCCCCCCAGCAAAAAAUACUCCUACGGGUGACAAGCUUGAGGCAUGUGCAGAGCUGCUUGGUAGUCAACUGGAGAGAAACUUUAGUCCAUGAACCCAAGAGAGCAGAACAUAAUGAAAUAAAAAGCAAGUAAAAGGUGGUGAGAUGGCCUCAUACUCACUCCUCCUCACUAGUAUGUGAAUUUCACUUAUUUGUAGCCACUGUGGAGACAUUCAAAUUCUCAUCACAUUGAUGGAAAAGUAAAAAAAAAAAAAACUGUCACUAAAUCUGUCUCUGUGCGCCGACUGUAAAAACAGAGACUUUGAUUGCAAUCACUGACAAUAACACAGCAGCGAGCAUGCAAAUAGACACAUCUGCUUUGGGUUGAGGAAACAAAAACAAAGAGAAUAAGAUUGAAAAUAAAGUAAAACUUAUUGUAGAGUUAUAUUAAAGGAUCCGUGGUAUAACCCUUGAAUAAGGUUGUACAUCAUAUUGCUAUUGCAGGGUCGAUUUGAGGUCAUAUUUGGCCUGCUGUAAACCCCCAUGACCGACAUGGGAGACUUCACGCUGUAAAACAUUACAGUCAGGUACAUUUCUGAGGAGAUCCUUUGAGUUGCAUGUCCGAGAGAUGCUUUACUAAUAAAAAGGCAAAGAGCCUCAAGGUUGAUACAGUCUACAGCAAACACUUGGUUAUGGAACCAGAUAUAGAAAAUGACUCAGUCGGCACUGUUUGUUAGCUGCUCCCCCCUUUUGCUGCUCUACUCUGCCAAUUCUGAGCACACAGCGCCACAGGAGCCACGUUCAUCAAAAGAGUUUUUAGUCAUGGUGUUUUACUCUUUUUACAGAACCCAAUAACGAAUCAGAAAAAAAAACAGCAUGUAAAAACUAUUUUAAUGACACAAACUGUGCUUGAGAAAAGUUUAUGUGAUAUAUGAUUCAGUUUUAAAGUUUGUUCCAUCUGUAUACAUGGAGGGGGCGGGUUAUAUGACCUUUACUGCUGCCAGUCAGUCAGGGAGCUCCAGAUGUUUGGAGUUGCUUUUUGGUUGCUUUAAAAUUGUUGAAUUUUUUAUUACAGUGUCUUCUGAACUUCUUCCUCCCAGGUACAUCGCUAUCGUCCACCCCACCUCUGAGCGGAGAACCAUUCAGUGGACCAUCAUCAUCAACCUGCUGGUGUGGCUGGGCAGCUUCCUCCUCACUGUUCCUGUCAUGAUCUAUGCCAAGGUAGUGCGGCGACAGCAAAUGGAAGUGUGCAUGAUGUACUUGGAUGGGCCAGAGGACAUGUACUGGUACACCCUCUACCAGUCCAUCCUGGGCUUCAUCAUCCCACUCAUCAUCAUCAGCACCUUCUACUCCCUCACACUCUACCAUGUCUUCAGCUCCAUCCGCCGAGUCAAGCGUAAGCAGUCUGUUUGGGCCAAAAGAGCCACAAAGAUGGUUCUCAUGGUCAUCGCUUUGUUCCUCAUCUGCUGGACACCCUACCACGUCAUCCAGGUCGUCAACCUGACCAACAACAGCCCUACCAUCACCUUCAUCUACGCCUACAACAUCAGCAUCUGCCUCAGCUACUCCCAUAGCUGCAUCAACCCGCUCAUGCUGCUCAUCUUUGCGCAGAAUUACCGUGAACGUCUCUGCCACAAAAACGUGCUGCAAAGCUCCCAGCAGUCGUCCAAGAUCACUGUGGUCAAAGGAGAAGGCUCCAUUAUGACCAAUGACCCCAGCUACCGCUGUACUGUCAUCUGA